ACAAAAAAUAACAAAUGAGUAACAAAAAUUUAAUUCAUGUGGAUAUAACUGAAAAAAUUAUAACAGAAGUUAGUAAAUAUGAAUGUCUAUAUAAUAAAGAUUCUGAAUCCUUUACAAACUAUCAGUAUAAGGAAACCAUCUGGAGUAAAAUUGGAAAAGAUAUUGGUAUACCAGCUAUAGAAGUAAAAAAAAAGUUCAAAAACAUACGUGACGCGUACAAAAAGUACAAAAAAAUGGUAAUGUCACCAGGAAAUGAUACAAUUUUACGCAGACCCUAUAAAUACGCCGCACAAUUACAAUUUUUAGAAGACCCCAACGCGGAUAUGACAGCGUGUCAUAUAUCAGAAAGUUCAUUAGAUAAAACUACUGACUCAUUUAGCGAAACAGAUGUUUCGUUUUCGAAGAAAAGAAAAUUAGAACACAACGACAAUUCAUGGCGGGAUCCAAUUGAUGAGCCAAGUUCAUCUUUUGUAAUCAUACCAAAUAAUACCACUAAAAAUGAUCUUUCUCAGGACUAUUGGACGACAAAUCCGGAACAACCGGAGCCUCACUCGGACAAUGAUUGUCAAUCCAGCGACAGUUGUAGUCCGGGGGAAAAAACUAUCGACAACAGUGAAACGAUUACAACAACAAAUAAAACUAAGUCCAGAAGAAAAAGAAAAGGCAAAACAAACUGUACAAUGCAAUUAUUUCAGUGUUUGGCUAAUAAAAUAAGUGAUAGCAAUUUAACAGUGGAGCAAAAAAAUCAUAUAGAAAUUUCAGUUUGUAGGCUGGUAUAUUCGAAAAUAAUUGAAUAUACUACCAUCGAUUAAACUUCUAACGACUUAUUCAUAGUCGAAUUUUAAAUUUAUCAAAUUUUUUUUUAUAAACCUUUUAUAAACUUAAAAAUUGACUAAGAAUUUGGGGUUUAUUUUUUAAUUUUCUCUACUACAUAUUACUAUAAUUUCAUACUACUAC